CAAUCACCAGCUAGCUUGCCGUUGAUGGAAAAUAGUGUGUAACUCAUAACUUGUGUGAGAAGGACGUGUGAAGCUGCCUUUCAGCCCCGGGUCAUCGUCAGACAUGGACGGACUGUGGAUUAUUCUCGUUGCUCUCUCAGGAGUUGUUUCCUCCAGUCAUGGUUGGAUUCCUGUACCAACACUAAAGGUGACAGUCAGACCUGGAGACAACGUCACUCUCUACUGUGACUGCAGACAAUCUGGAGUAUACACAGCAUGGUUCAGGAACUGUUCCCAUGAGAACCAGCCUACUCUUGUUCUAAGUUUAAUAGAUCCCAAACUGUGGACUUCUGCAGGUCUUGUACUUCGUCCUCGUUUUGAAUUUGUGAAGAACAAUUCCACUGAUUCCUAUGACCUGCUGAUCACCAACGUCACUGAUUCGGAUGAAGGUCUCUACUACUGUGGAACUGAAAAACCAGUUGUGGAGGAUAAAGAAUACAUCACUACUAGACAUGUUUACACGUACGGCAACAUCACAACAAAAUUAAUAUUAGACUCCAGAGAUCCUUGUCCUCAUACCACUCCUUCAGACUGUAGUAUGUGCUGUAUGCUGCUGUACUCUCUGUGUCCAGUUUGCGCUGGUGUCUCCUCAUUUCUCUCCUCUCUGCUGGUUUAUCACUUCUGUAGGAAAAGAGCCAAAGACCAUCAGGUUGAUGAGCAAAAUGCUGACAGUGGUCAAACAAGACUGAAUCAGGGUGAAGACGUGUGUUAUGCCGCGCUGGAAAUCCGUAGGCCAUCACAGAGACCAAAGAAUAAAAGACAGAGUUCUGACUUCAGCACAUAUUCUGCCGUCAACACUUCUAGGAGGAGUUGUUUCCUUCAGUCAUGGUUGGAUUUCUGUACCAACACUGGAGGUGACAGUCAGACCUGGAGACAACAUCACUCUCUACUGUGACUGCAGACCAUCACGUGGAGAACACAUAGUGUGGUUCAGGAACUGUUCCCAUGAGUACCAGCCUACUCUUGUUCUAGAUUCAACAGGUGAGAAAUUGUGGAGUUCUGCAGGCCUUAUACUACGUCCUCGUUUUGACCUGGUGAAGAACAAUUACACUGAUUCCUAUGGCCUGCUGAUCACCAACGUCACUGAUUCUGAUGAAGGUCUCUACUACUGUGCAACUGAAAAGACCAAGGUGGAGGAUAAAGAAUACAACACUAGAAGACAUAUUUACACAUAUGGCAACAUCACAACAAAAAUCAUAUUAGACUCCAGAGAUCCUCGUCCUCAUACCACUCCUUCAGACUGUAGUAUGUGCUGGAUGCUGCUGUACUCUCUGUGUCCAGUUUGCGCUGGUGUCUCCUCAUUUCUCUCCUCUCUGCUGGUUUAUCACUUCUGUAGGAAAAGAGCUAAAGACCAUCAGGUUGAUGAGCAAAAUGCUGACACUGGUCAAACAAGACUGAAUCAGGGUGAAGACGUGUGUUAUGCUGCGCUGGAAAUCCGUCAGCCAUCACAGAGACCAAAGAAUAAAAGACAGAGUUCUGACUUCAGCACAUAUUCUGCCGUCAACACUUCUAGGAUGUAAGAGCCUGUGACACAUGAAAUGGAUUUAUGGCAGUACUGUAGAUUAGAUAGGAUGAGUUGUACAAUAGACAUUUAAAUCUGAUCAACAAUCUGCAGCUUAUACUGUAGCUCAGCCCGCUGAAAAUGCUUUUCAAAAUGAACAAGCAAGCACAUUGUUCCAUACAGUGCCUACAGACAAAGCUGGUAUAUCACCACAAGAACACAUAUUUUCAAUAAUUUCUCCAGUAAAUAUAUCAAUAAAUCCAUAUUGGAUAUGGAAGAACUAAGUACAGUCUUGGCCCGGGAACACAGCAGAAAUGAAUGCUUUGUGACAGUGAAAUCUAUAUUCUUGACCUGAGUACAUAGUGUAGCGUCUCACUUCAAGGAAAGUACGGAGGCUUUUCUGCCAAGUCCACGUCAACAUCAUAAACACCGUCAGUCGGAUUCUUCUACAUUGCAUCUCUCGCUCGGCAAACUCUCAGCUCUACCAACUUCCAUCUCUGGCAUGGUGCAUUAACUGACAUCAAGGACAAAAAAAUUAUAUGAGCAGACAUGCUAAUCAGUAGUUUAGCUUAUAUAAAUAUAGUAUUUUAUAGUACUUCACUUUGUGUUGUAAGACAGGAUAGUGUAACGUAUAAGGUGCACUGUGUAGUGUAAUAAAAAUGUGGUAUGAAGCCUUUUCUGUGUGUAGUAGCUGAAGGUCUAAUAACUUUGACAUGAAAUUUACCAGCAAAUUGUUGAUUCACAGCCUCUUUCUCUUUGUUACCGCAGGGGAAAUUGUGACUGCUGUAGAGAGGAUUUGGGCCGUUCCUUUGUUAGUGUCUGUUAGCGUUAGCGGAUGCCUUUUCAGAUGAGUGUGCAUUGCAGUUGUACUUUUGUUGUAUUUCAGGACUGACUUACCUAUUCUGCAUGUCACGGUAGAAUCGGCUUCAUCUUUAGUGAGGUAUUUCUAUACACUUGAUGAACCGCUGCUAGUUUAAGGUCCAUGUUGUUAUUGUCAUGUGAUCAACGACUAGUCCACCUUCUGAAACCUGAGCUUUAGUAUGUUAUGCAUAUUUAAUUUCUCCAAGAUAUUUGGGAUUGGUAGGACCUAAGAAGUAUAAAAACUCAGCAACAUCUUUGACUAAUCUUUGUCUAAUGAGCUUUAAUAAAUAAGUUUUAAUUGUAAAA